AUGAUUGACAGCUCCACGGAAGUUAUCUUUCUCGACGAGGCACACAACAACCUCCUCGACAUCGAUGACUGGAAGAUAAUUUGUCAAGGCGGUUUUACAUCCCACGAUGUAAAAUGGAAGAAGGCCCAGGGGUUCCACUGCCGUGCAAGUAUGUACAUUACAUGUCAACAGGAGAUGGACUUUGGCGAGGCCCACAAUGACGCGAUGAACCGAAGACUUCACAAGAACUUCUUCAGAAGCUUGGCGCAAGUUAACCCAGAGGCCAACCAGUGGCUGCGAGAACAUGCAAUGGACUGCAUCGUAUGGGCCCAAAAGAUGGUUGCUACAAACUCCACUACCGCACAGACUGGAAGGACUUUAGGAGAGCGUGAGGACGGUUUAGAAAGUGAAGACAUUCGGAGAACUUUGUCCGUUUCCCUACUAGACGACCACGCCCCCGAGUGCAACACGGAAGGCGGUGAAAUCUCACUCACGGAUGAAGAGGAGAGUGAAGCCGAAAGCGACUGCUCCGAUGAAAAUGAAGAUAACAACCACAUAGACAAGCUUCGCCAUGAGCUCGAAAAGGCGGUGCCGGGUGGGUUUCGGCACAGACAGCUGAGCAUGCUCCUGCGAAACGCUCAAACACAGCACAAAGCCAUCCAAGAUCGUCAAAUCGCCGGACGUCGACGAUAUCUAGUAAAUUUAGGAGUGACCAGCAAAUCGCAGGCAGAUCGAUUGAUUACGCAUCCCGACGAGCCACUACCAACCGCCCUCGCCCGCAGAGAACAACAGGCCUUGAAUGAUAGGGCAGAACGUCUCGAAAAGCAAAGGGAAAGAGAUGAGCAGGAGAAAGUAAAAAAAGAAUUCUCUAAUCCGUGGCUGUUAGAAAUAGAAAAAGAAAUGGCCGAGAACAAUAUGCGUUUAGAGAGAGGCACAGACCCCGACAUGAGUGCAACGCUGACGAGUCCUUUGGAGAUUAAUUGUGAGAAACUCCGCGCAUUUCACGAAAAACAAGGUACCCUUCGCAUGCAGAUGGCCGUGGAAAAAAGGAAAGAAAUCUGUGUGAAACGUGGAUUAGUAGAUCCUAGGUACGCGAGUUCCGUUAGAGAUGUGUACUCACCUUUACCGGUUAUCGUCGAAGGUAGCAACCAAAACAUGUCCAGACCAACGGCUUCAAACGACGAUGGUAAUACGCCAAAGACACCAUCUUACGACCCGCCUGAGGACACGCACCAGACGAUGUUUACUCCACCUACGAGCCAGGAGGCCGUCGAAUCGGAGAGCGAGGACAUCUUCAUUACACCGAAGACACCUUGUUACGAGCCCUCAUUUGAUGAAAGCAUUUGUACAGGCUCUUCACCAUUACUGAGGCGAGUACCCUCACCUGACAACAGACCUUCGAAGCGAGCGAGACUCUCGAGAAGCCAAACAACAAAGGAACAGAAGCGGGUGACUAGCUUUUUCAGUUCGCAGAAACGUGUAAAAAAGUAG